AUGCAGCUCCGGCAGGGGUUUCAGAACCUAUGGCAUACCGAUUUGAUGGGCACUGUGACCGCCGAUACUCCAUAUUGUUGCUUUGCGUGUUUCUGUGGUCCAUGUGUUUCUUACCUGCUACGCAAGCAAGCUCUUUAUAAUGACAUGUCAAGGUACAAAUGCUGUGCCGGAUUUAUGCCGUGCAGUGGAAGAUUCGGAGAAAGUCACUGCCCUGAAUUGUGUCUGGGCACUGAGGUUUGCUUCUGCUUUGCAACUUCGGUUUCCUCAACACGCUUUCUAAUACAAGAUGAACUCAACAUAAAAACAACACCCUGCGAUAACUGCAUGAUUGGAUUUAUGGUCAUCCUCAACCAAAUUGCAUGCAUAUUCUCCUUGAUUGCUUGCAUAACUGGAAAUGAAGAGCUGGGUGAGAUUUCGAAUGUCUUGAGCUGCAUUGCCGACACGGUCUUUUGCUCGGUCUGCGCUUGCAUCCAGACACAGCACCAUUUUGAACUGAACAAAAGAGAUGGAAAGCUUCCGCCGGCGGUUUUGGGAGUGCCUCAGGUGCAGCAGAUGUCACGUACUGAUGAGAAGAAUCCUCCACAAACCGGAUAUUAUUAA